AUGGCGGGCGCAGGCAAAGUUCCCACCGGUUUUGCAGCCGAAACGUACAUCAGCGAAGCUAGCUUUCGACAAGCACACCGAUCGAUCGAAGGCAACAAUGGGCAAUCAAAGAAGAGAAAAAGGGAGAAAAAGGGCGAUUCCAGCAUAAUGUCUGGCGCCGGAGCUUACAAGGGCCCUUGGGCAAGGUUCGAGGAAGAGCGACCGGACGCUGCGUUGGACGAUGAGUUUGGAGAUGACGAGGAAAUCGAGAUUGUGUAUGAGGAGGAUGACAUAGAGGAGAACCCCACGGCGGCGCCAAAGAAGCUUGCGGGUACUGAUUAUGCGGACACCGAGGCUGAGGGCGAGACGAGUGAAUUCGUGGGAAGCCAGGAAUACGAUUAUCAAGGCAGGACGUACAUGCACGUUCCAACUGAUCUGAACAUCAAGCUCACGGGAGACCGCGGGGACGUCAAGAAUUUCCACCCCAAGAAACUCAUACAUACAUUCAAAUAUCACACCAAGUCGAUUACACAGACCAGGUUCUUUCCAGAUUCGGGGCAUCUUAUUCUCUCGGCAUCGGCAGAUUCUAAGAUUGCUAUCUGGGAUGCGUACCAUAAUCGUGAACUGCUACGGACGUACUCUGGCCACAAGAAAUCGGUCAACGACAUUGACUUUGCACCAAGCGGUACCCAGUUCAUUUCCGCAAGUUAUGACCGCUUCAUGAAGCUUUGGGACACCGAGACGGGCAAAUGUCUCAACAAAUUUACCACUGGAAAGACACCCCAUGUCGUCCGUAUCAACCCGUCUUCGCCCCAUGAGUUCCUGGCUGGAAUGAGCGAUAAGAAGAUCUUACAAUACGAUACCCGAAGCGGAGAACUCGUGCAGGAAUAUGAUCAUCAUUUGGGGCCCGUCAAUACAAUCACAUUCUGUGAUGAAGACCGACGAUUCGUCACAACAUCAGAUGACAAGUCCCUCCGAGCUUGGGAAUAUGGAAUCCCCGUCCCGAUCAAGUUCAUUGCAGAAGCGGAUAUGUUUGCUAUGGUCCGCUCUUCGCCCCAUCCGUCGGGCAAGUACAUGGCUUUCCAGAGCUCUGACAAUCAGAUCGUGGUGUACUCGUCCACUGACCGAUUCCGCCAAAACCGUAAGAAGAGCUAUAGGGGCCACAACGUUGCUGGUUACGCGCCUGAUGUGGCCAUCAGUCCCGAUGGACAAUUCGUCAGCUCUGGAGACAGCGGAGGCUAUGUUUGUUUCUGGGACUGGAAGACGUGUAAGAUGUACCACAAGAUUAAGGCAAGCGAUUCCCCGGUCUUGGCUGUGCAAUGGCAUCCAAGGGAGACGUCGAAGCUUAUCACGGGUGAUCUCGACGGCGUCCUGAAAUAUUGGGAUUAG